CCGGCUCUCCCGCCCCCCGGCGAGCGAGCGGUGACUUAAGCAACGGAGCGCAGCGAAGCCCAUUUUUCUCCUUGCUCGCAGCCGCGCCGGGCAGCUCGUGGCGCGGCGCCUCCGCUCCGGCCCGAGAUGAAUGCUGCGGCAGAAGCCGAGUUCAACAUCCUGCUGGCCACCGACUCGUACAAGGUUACUCACUAUAAACAAUACCCACCCAACACAAGCAAAGUUUAUUCCUACUUUGAAUGCCGUGAAAAGAAGACAGAAAACUCCAAAGUAAGGAAGGUGAAAUACGAGGAAACAGUAUUUUAUGGGUUGCAGUACAUUCUUAAUAAGUACUUAAAAGGUAAAGUAGUGACCAAAGAGAAAAUCCAGGAAGCCAAAGAAGUGUACAAAGAACAUUUCCAAGACGAUGUCUUUAAUGAAAGGGGAUGGAACUACAUUCUUGAGAAAUACGAUGGUCAUCUCCCAAUUGAAGUAAAGGCUGUUCCUGAGGGCUCUGUCAUCCCCAGAGGGAACGUGCUGUUCACAGUGGAGAACACAGACCCCGAGUGCUACUGGCUUACCAACUGGAUUGAGACUAUUCUUGUUCAGUCCUGGUAUCCAAUUACAGUGGCCACAAAUUCAAGAGAGCAGAAGAAAAUAUUGGCCAAAUACUUGUUAGAAACUUCUGGUAAUUUAGAUGGUCUGGAAUACAAGUUACAUGAUUUUGGUUACAGAGGAGUCUCUUCGCAAGAGACUGCUGGCAUAGGAGCCUCGGCUCAUUUGGUUAACUUCAAAGGAACAGAUACAGUGGCGGGAAUUGCUCUAAUUAAAAAAUACUACGGAACAAAAGAUCCUGUUCCAGGCUAUUCUGUUCCAGCGGCAGAGCACAGUACCAUAACGGCUUGGGGGAAGGACCGUGAGAAGGACGCUUUUGAACACAUAGUGACACAGUUCUCGUCAGUGCCCGUGUCUGUGGUCAGUGACAGCUAUGACAUCUACAACGCCUGUGAGAAGAUAUGGGGCGAAGACCUGAGGCACUUGAUAGUGUCGCGAAGUACAGAGGCGCCACUCGUCAUCAGACCUGAUUCCGGGAAUCCGCUCGACACCGUGUUGAAGGUCUUAGAUAUUUUAGGCAAGAAGUUUCCUGUCACUGAGAACUCAAAGGGCUACAAGUUGUUACCACCAUAUCUGAGAGUCAUUCAGGGAGACGGAGUGGAUAUCAACACUUUACAGGAGAUUGUAGAGGGAAUGAAACAAAAAAAGUGGAGUAUCGAGAAUGUCUCCUUUGGUUCUGGCGGAGCUCUGCUGCAGAAGUUAACAAGAGACCUCUUGAAUUGCUCCUUCAAGUGCAGCUAUGUUGUGACCAAUGGCCUUGGGGUUAACGUCUUUAAGGACCCAGUUGCUGAUCCCAACAAAAGGUCAAAAAAGGGCCGGUUAUCUUUACACAGGACACCCGCAGGGAACUUCGUUACCCUUGAAGAAGGAAAAGGAGACCUUGAGGAAUAUGGCCACGAUCUUCUCCAUACGGUUUUCAAGAAUGGGAAGGUGACAAAAAGCUAUUCAUUUGAUGAAGUCAGAAAAAACGCGCAGCUGAACAUCGAGCAGGACGUGGCACCUCACUAGGCCUGGUUGUUUGUGCAGUGUGUGUGUACAUACGUGCACUAUGUGUGUGCUUGUGUGUAUGGAGUAACAUGUUCGUUGUACAGAUGUGUGGGUUUGUGUUUAUGAUACUUUACAGCCAGAUUAUUUGUUGGUUUAUGGACAUACUGCCGUUUUUAUUUUCUUUUCCCCAAUGUGUAGAUGAUCUCAAAUUAGGAAAUACUUAUAACCAUGUACAAGAUUAAUGCUAAAGUAAGCUUUUUAGGGCCCUUUGCUAAUAGAUAGUAACUCGAUCUGCUGUUGACCUUUUCACAAAUCACAGAAUCAAGAAACUUUUAUAUAUAACUACAGAUCACAUAAAACAGAUUUGCAUAAAAUUACCAUGACUGCUUUAUGUUUAUAUUUAACUUGUAUUUUUGUACAAACGAGAUUGUGUAAGAUAUAUUUAAAGUUUCAGUGAUUUAACAGUCUGUUUCCAACUUUUCAUGAUUUUUAUGAGCACAGACUUUCAAGAAAAUACUUGAAAAUAAAUUACAUUGCCUUUUGUCCAUUAAUCAGCAAAUAAAACAUGGCCUUAACAAAGUUGUUUGUGUUAUUGUACAUUUGGAAAUUAUGUCAGGACAUAUACCCAACAGAAUUACUAACCUCACUGCCCUUAUAGAGUAUGCGUCAGUCAUUCUACAUUGAAGAGAAUUAUGGUUCUUACUCGGAUGUCUAGGCAUUGUACAGUUCUAUUCCUUGGUCAUUGUAUUGUACCAGUGAAAUGCCAAAUUCGAAAGGCCUGUUCUGCAAUUUUGUAUGUCAGAUAUUGCCUGUGGCUCUAAUAUGCACCUCAAGAUUUUAAGAAGAUAAUGUUUUUAGAGAGAAUUUCUGCUUCCACUACAGAAUAUAUACAUAAAUGUAAACUAUUGAAAGUGGAAGUAGUGUAUUUUAAAGGAAUUACACUUCUGAAUUUAUUUUUCAUAUUCUAUAGUUGGUAUGACUUAAAUGAAUUGCUGGAGUGGGUAGCGAGUAUACUUAUUUUAAAUGUUUUGAUUCUGUUAUAUUUUCAUUAAGCUUUUAAAAAAUUAAAUUGGAUAUUAAACUGUAUGGACAUCAUUUAUUAAUUUUAAAUUAAACCCUCAAUAACUAAUAUGUAAGCAAGUUCUUGAUGUUACCCCCAGUGGAAAGCACAAUUCUUAAUCGAAGGAUCUAUCUUCAUCGGAAAUGUAGCUGAAUUUACAAUAUCCACCAUCACAGUGUCCAUAGUGAUUUACUGCUAGACCCUGAGUCGGCCAUUGCAUCCAACUAGACACUUCGAGGUGACUCCUGACACUGGGUCAGUCCUAAGGUGGGGUGGGCCAGCUGCCUGCAGGCCAGCUUGGCACUGCUCCUUCAUUUUAAUGCCAUACUCUCUAAGGCUGCCUCCCACUGCAGUGGCAGAGAUUGAGUAGUUGCAAUUGAGACCAAAUAGUCCUCAAAGCCUGGAAUGUUCACUUCAUGUUCACUGAACACAAGCAGAAAGCUCGAUAGCCUGUUUUCUAAGAAAAGGAGCAUGCCUUUGCAUUUUAAGAGAGAUGUUGGUUUUUCUGGGAAGGAAGGAAGCUGAAUUUUAUGGAGUUUCUAUUGUUCUUUCUCAUUUAAGAAUCUGAUACUAGAAAACUGAUUUUGAAAAGUUUUAACAACUUGCCGUUACGAUGAAAUUUUAAAAGUCAUCUAAAACAGUUACACGAGAGCAUAUCACUAAUCUGAUGAAGUGAGUUCAAGGUUUUUGCAAGUGAUCCUAAAACUUAAGGAUAACAGAAAGCUUAGUAAUCCUUAUCCUAUAAUACAUGGCAAAAAAAAAUUAUCUUAAACUGACCUUAAAAAAAAUAAAAUGUAAUUUCAGUAGUCUCAGCAUGGUGUGGUGCAUGCCUGUAAUCUCAGAACCGAAGCAGAGACAGAGGAUCAGAAAUCAACAUCAUCCUGGACUACAUAACAAAUUCCAGGCUAGCCUGGGCUACCUGAGACCUUGAGAAAAUUAAAAUGUACCUAAGAUUAGUAGUACUAAAAAGACAUGUCCUGGGUGGGUAUCGUAGUAGGCAGAGGUAAUCCCAGUACUUGAGAGGGAUCCUCCCCAAUACACAGGAUUAUUGUUCAAAACCAGUCUGAGCUAUGUAGACCCUUGUCUCUGCUCCCAGAAAGGAGAGGCACAGCAUCACAGAAUGCUACAAGGCCUAGAGAGCACUACACAAAACUGCCAUUGGUGUCAUGCUAAGCAGUGUUUUUCUUCUGUGACUUCAAACAGCUCCACGUGCCAGUUUUAUCUUGAAAUAUUUAGUGAAAACUAGAAGUCAACAUUUGUGCACAGGGGUCCAGAAGUGGAAUGAGUAAUUUCUCUUGGCUCUGGUCCCCUUGGAAGUGAUGAAUUUUGAAUUUCCAUCACUAAGCAGUAUUUGACCAUCUCCAUUCUGAGUACCAAAUGGUUGACAUAAAUGUCAAAUGGAAUAGUGCCGUGUGUCCCCUUAGAUUGGCUAACCCUUCCUUCCUGACUAAAGCAAGUGACAUAUACAGACUUAGACACUAGAUCUGCAGUUGACAGUAGUUAGUUCCCCUCAAUUCAUAACUUUUAGUAGGAAGUAGAAUUUUGUGUUAAGACUUAUUUGUACCCUAUAUUUAAAGUAAAAACUUUUUAUGAGUAGCCCCUUCUUGAAACAAACUGUUAGGAAAAAAAGCUUUUAUAGUGAAAUCCAUCUUGGAAAAUUAGAGAAAAAUAGCAAGGUAUUUGUUGUUGUAUUUACCAUAACUUAGAAUUCACUUAAACUAGUAUUUUGUAGUUUUACAUUCCUUUUUAACCCAUCCAGUGGAGAAUAGCAAAUUUUCUCCCAAGUUGUAUGUUAAGUCAAUUCUAAUAUGUACUCAGCAUCAAAGACAACAUGUAAUAAACAUGGAAAUAAAGUUUAGUUCUGUUAGUGAAAUGUUAAA